GAAAUGAGUCCAGAGAGGGUUGGUGCCUGGUUCGAGGCCCCCCAGUGGGCUGGGGACCGAGGGGCAGCCGUAUCUGUGUAGCCCUGAGAGAGUGGCUGAAGACCUUUGCUGUGUUUUUCUCAGCUGACGCUCACCUGCUCACCCUGUGUAGGGGUGAUAAGACCCCCCUGUUUUAUACAUAGCCCUUCAGGGAAGCACACAGUGCUCCCAAGACAGAAAGCAAACGUGGUGUUAGUCUAGAAAACACACAGAGAACCAGGUCAGCAUUUCUUGACUUUCACCUAGAGUUGCCUUUAAGCCCACACCCAGGCCACCGCAGACAGCCCAGAGGUCCCUUCUCUCCCCUCUCCGUCCUGCCUGUUUGAUCUCUGUGAUGAGCCUCUUUCUGGGAAGCUCAGGUCUUUGGGUCUUUGGAGUGGAGAAUCUACAAGACACACCAACCUUCUCUGGCUAAUACUGACUGAUUCUUAGAGCACAAUUUCAAAAUCUAUUUAUGUCAACAAACUCUUUUCCAUAUCUUCUACAAAAAAACCUCCCUUCCCUACAAGGAGGAGUAGGGCAGGGAGGGGAGGGAAAUAAAAUCCCCACCACAGGAGAUGGAGAAACUGUCUUAGAAAGCUGGAAUUGUUCAGGCCUUGAGAGUCAGAGGACCGGGCACAGGACAGCCCUCUUCCAAGGUCACAGGCUCAAUGUCCUGGUCGUUGGCACUGCAAAUCCAUCCAAAAGCACCCUCAGUCCUCCUCUGCCACGUAGCCUGGAUUUGCCCCAGUGACGACCAGUCCCACACACAGUGACGUCAGGCUGUUUUUUUCGGGAUCAUUCCUGAGCCAUGAAACAGUUAAGAAAUUUCCUGCCCCACUGGCUGCCAUGCUCAUAAAGGUAGGUCCACGUGUACUUCCUUGUGGCUCCAGACAGACUGACGGCUGGCUCGUUUGCUCACACCCAGCAGGGAGCGAAGGCAGCAGGAGGCAGAACCGCCACCCUUCCAUGCAAAGCAGCCCCAGGGGUGCGGCCGGGCUCCUCCUGCUCCUCCUGGGACAUGCUCCUGGAGAGGCUGUGGGGAAGAUGCAACCCCGGGCAGUGUGCAUUUCUUCUUGUACUGGCCCUCUUGCUUGAUGCUGUGGGCCUGGUCCUCUUGCUGCUGGGCAUUUUCGCUUCACUGGAUUACUGGGACUUCUUGGUCUACACAGGGGCCCUGAUUCUGGCUUUCAGCCUGCUGUUCUGGAUCACCUGGUAUUCCUUCAACAUCAGGGUGUCUCUUGAGAAACUGGACUUUUAGCUUGGCCGUGGGCAGAGGAGGAAGGACCCAGGCUUCACAUGCAGCUGUCUGCAAGCCUGCAUCCUUGGGCAGUCAGAGGAACAGGAACAUGUCACCGCCCCCACCCUGGAUGCUCUGCCAGGGACCAGGUCCCAUCCAAUGGCAAAGCAUCAAAGCAAGCAGAUGCCCUUUCUUGUAAGCACAUCCUUUAAGAGUAUCCAGGAGGAACCAGAGGCUGAGAGAUAGAGGCUCUCAAAGCACCCGCUAGGAUGCCUGUGAAUGGUCAUGAAUGUCAGGCUUCUGGAAGGUUCCAGGCCCCGUCAAGAGUCCAGCACCCCUGCACCAGGCCACUGACGCCAUUGCUGGUGCCCCAGCUGUUUCGGCCUGAGAUGCAGUAAAGUUCUGGGGCUUUCAUGGUAGCAACCCUGCUGUGGGCUGCGACCCCAGAAGACAAGUCCCAUCCCCUGUUGCUCCUCUUGUCAAUCAAUGUCCUUUGAAAAACGAACAAUUGGAAGCAAACACAGAAGUCCAAGUGGGAUCUCCUGUGAGCAUGUAUCACACUGUACUGUUGAUGCUUUUCUCCCCUUGGGGCUCUGUGGACAGACUGUGGGCUCUGUGGAGGGCUCCACCUCAUCCUUCUCUGGGCAUCAUCCAGUGGGCACAUGGUAGCACAUUUCCAUGUGCUGGUUGCAAAAGCAAAUGCACAGAGGCCACCCUCCUCGGUGCUGGGUCCUGAGUGCUACGAAAGCCUCUUCAUCCAUUUGCACAGCUUGGCCAUGCCGCUGGCUCACAUUGAGCUUUCCGUCAACUGAAACACUCUGCGAGUUUUUCUGACAAGCAAGCGAGGUCUCUGCUGUGCUGUCCGUGUGUCAUUCAUUCCUUGAUCCUAAGAGCAGGACUCUAUUUUCGUCUUCCUUCAACUGCAUGAGUGAAAGGCAGCCCAGCUGUAGCACCUAUGAGGUCAACCUUCAGAGGCUAAUCAGAUGCUCGCCCCCUGUGCCUGGCCUGCAUCACUAAUUUACAUUUCCCCUGGUCUCAUUUUUUACCUUUUAUUUUAUAUUUCACCCUAAAAGUGUAUGUGUUUCUUAUAAGCUACCUCAGACCUUUUAUGGUGUGAAACUGUUAUCUAAAUAAAGAAGUAGAUUUGGCUUUUUAAUGGGAUGUAAUGUAUUUCUGAGUCUCCAUGGUCUCAUAACAAUUCUCAAACUCCCAGUUUGAGCAACCUCUUCCCAACAGUUUAACCUGCCUCUGUGCAAAUCCUGGAAUUCUGCUUUGGUAUGGCACCUCCUGGAAGGAACGCAUGGAUUCCGGUGGAUGGAGACAGUACCUGGGUUAUUUGGACACUUUGGACUCUUCUGGAAGUUCUGUGCCCAGCCACCAGCCUGACUUCUCAGAGUUAGGCUGGACUCAGAAACCUGAAGAGCUGUAAUGAAAGAACAUUCUAGAUGAGGCAUUAUGGAGAAAGAUUUCCCUCCUACUCAGAG